UUGGGAUAAAAUUAGCUGACAGUUUGUGGACUCUCUAGCAUGUGCCUGUUUGCUUGGUGCUGUUCUCCUGAUAAAUCACAACAAAGCUUCCAGAGGGAGAGAAAGGAUGGACGGCCCGGCUGCCCCUGUUACUAAAUCUGCAACUGCCAAGUUAGUUAAGAGAAAUUUCCUUGAGGCUCUAAAGUCAAAUGACUUCGGAAAAUUGAAGGCCAUUUUAAUCCAACGGCAAAUAGAUGUGGACACAGUUUUUGAAGUUGAAGAUGAGAAUAUGGUUUUGGCAUCUUAUAAACAAGGUUAUUGGUUGCCUAGUUACAAAUUAAAGUCUUCUUGGGCCACAGGCCUGCAUCUUUCUGUCUUAUUUGGUCAUGUGGAAUGUCUUCUGGUACUACUGGACCACAAUGCUACAAUCAAUUGUAGACCCAAUGGGAAAACCCCUCUUCACGUGGCUUGUGAAAUGGCCAACUUGGAUUGUGUUAAGAUCCUCUGUGACCGUGGAGCAAAGCUCAAUUGCUACUCCUUAAGUGGACACACAGCUUUACACUUCUGUACAACUCCAAGCUCCAUUCUCUGUGCCAAGCAGUUGGUUUGGAGAGGGGCGAAUGUGAACAUGAAGACCAACAACCAGGAUGAGGAGACACCCUUGCACACAGCUGCCCACUUUGGCCUUGCAGAGCUGGUGGCCUUCUACGUGGAGCACGGGGCUAUAGUGGACAGUGUGAAUGCCCACAUGGAGACCCCCCUGGCUAUCGCCACCUACUGGGCCCUCCGCUUUAAAGAGCAGGAGUACAGCAGGGAACAUCACCUCAUCUGCCGUAUGCUGCUGGACUACAAGGCCGAGGUCAAUGCCCGGGACGAUGACUUUAAAUCUCCACUCCACAAGGCAGCCUGGAACUGUGACCACGUGCUCAUGCAUAUGAUGCUGGAAGCUGGCGCCGAAGCCAACCUCGUGGAUAUCAAUGGCUGUGCUGCUAUCCAGUAUGUUCUAAAGGUCACCUCUGUGCGACCUGCUGCCCAGCCUGAGAUCUGCUACCAGCUGCUGCUGAACCAUGGGGCUGCUCGGAUAUACCCUCCACAAUUCCAUAAGAUCUCUUCUUUCAAACUACUGAUUGAUGUAAUUCAGAGAGAAGGAAAUAAAACCUGGAAGAAAGCUAUGGAGUUGAGAAGCAGUGGUAAGCAACAAAGUCCCCAUCUUAUAUUUCAUGUUGAGAUAUCUGGCAAUGUGAUCAAGCUUGAUACCAAACAGACGUGGGUUCUUAGGCUAUGUUGAGAAUCUUUCUCUGGCUUGAAAAGUUGAAUUUUUAUAGAUGGAUUUGAGAUGCAUGUAAAAUGUGUGUGUGUGUGUGUGUGUGUGUAUGUGUGUGUGUGUGUGUGUGUGAGAGAGAGAGAGGCAUGUCUAGUUUGCUAACAAGUCUUUCCUGUCUCCACUCAAGGAACUUGUGAUCAGCAUAAGACCAAAUUAUUGAAAUACAGACAUCAGGCCUACCCCCAGGGUUCUUUACCUCCUCUCUCCAUUUUCUAGGUCUUACACUUCACCCUUCUAAUUCCUGUUCCCUGUUCUCUACACCUAUUGUUAGUGACCCCUUCACAGAUUGCUAGAUACUGGGUGCAAAAAAAGCUAUUCAGUAUAUCCAUGUUGUGCGACCAUUUUUACAGUUAGUCACAUCUAACUUAAGUUACUGACAGCUAUUAAGCCUGAAUUUUUAUGUCUUUUAAAAAUGACAGCAUGUUUAAUACACAGAUUGAAUAUGAAAUGAACUGGGCACUGUUGGCCAGACUUUGGAGAAGCAAGUCUUCUGUAAAUUAUACAUCAUACCUAGCCCAAAGCCUCGGAGAACACAUGGAUCAUUAAUCUCCUGAUAUGAAUAUGAUACUGCUAAGUGCCUCUUCAGACCAUCCACCAAUUCCCUUUCAGGACAACCCACCCUACCAGGGUUUCAGCAAGGCCUCACCGGAUGGUAACUGUUAGUACAGUGAAGUGUUAUUCCUGCCUCAGUGACCUGAUGUAUUGCCUCAAGGUUCAUUCUCUUCUUCAGGCCAUAUUGUUUACUUUUCCCUGUUAUCUUUUGAGGGACUACUGCUCUCACAGCACACCCCAUUCUGAGCACUGACGUCAAUGAUCUGAUGGCUUCCAUGAGUUGGCAGAGAUCAGAUCACAGUUCUAUCACUCAUCCGCUUGAACAAUCACAAGCAGAAAGUCAAGCAGACCCCUUUCCGCAUUUGUGCUAUAUUUAUUCUUAGCACUCUACUGAGACUUGGCAACAGCCAGUGGAACCAGGAGAUAUUUUGCUUGGAUUAAGUCAACAGUCAUCCUCUGAGAUUUUCAUCUAUCUUGUUUGUUAUGAUGCAGUGGUCCCUGUUCCAACAUUCCAUCUGAAUCACAAAUGGCUUGGAUAAAUCCAUCUUGUUAAAUGACAUGGAGAGCUGAAUCACCGGUAUUUAUUUACUUUUGAAAUUCACAUUUAAAUAAAUCAUUGUUAAUCAAAUGACAUUGAUGUGUGCCUACCAACAUUAUUUUCUUAGUUAACAAAAUAUGAAUGCAAACUCUGAAAGAGUUCUGGUUUCCCUAAACUAUCCAGAGAUGUUUAAAUAUGUAGCUGUUUAGAAAGGCCAUUCUCAUUGCUCUUCUAAUCUCAAUUAUUCUGAAAAAAGUGAUGUUAUUUUUUCAAAUAUAGAUUAAGAUGAGUAGCUUUCUCUUUAAAGAAAGAGAAAUGAGGUAUACUCUGUAGAAUGAAGCUAGGCUCCUCUUAUUAAAUUUCCUGUGUAGAUCUCUAACCAUGCUUUGUAUUCAGACUUUCAUAAGUUUCUUCUCUUUAAAAAUAUAGAUUUCCCAUAUCAUAGAUCCAGGCUCUUUCAUAAGUUCUAGCUGCCUUUGAAAUACACCUCUCAUUCUAUCAUCGCACCACCUAUCGCACCUUAUUGUAUAACACUUCACAAUUUUCAUCCUCUGCCCUCUAUUUUGUUCUUCACAACAGUCUUGUGAAGUAGGACCAUCAGAUACCAUGUGCCAUUCCAUUUUACCUCUGGUGUGAAAUGUUUUUCUUGUAACUAUAUAAUUAUAGUCUAAUUAUGACCUAAGAAUUAUGUGAGCCCAUGAAAACCAGGAAAAAUGUGAAGGUGUUGUAAAAACUGACUGAAGAAUUUGACUUAAGAGUCAGAGCCAUCCUACAUGUACAGUAAAAUAUACCUGGAACCAAGCUAAUGGGAAAGAAGGAGACAUCUAAUGCCAAAAAAUCCUAGAACCACACAUAAAACAAUGUCAUAUUUGGCUUCUUGGCCUCUUCAUGUUUUUCAUUUAUGCUUCUCAGGCCAUGGGGCAAUCUUUAAUUACAUUUCCUUUCCUCUUUUCCCCUUUCCCCAGGAGUAGAGGGUCUUUAGAAAAAAAUUACCUACAUAAAAAAUUAGAGAUAUAGAGUAUAGAGGAUUCUGAGUAUUAUGAAUGUUAUGGCAAGUAAUUGCUAGCUACUUUUGUAGCCAAACUUUAAAAUCUCAUUUACUUAACAAAGAAUUAUUUCUUACUUUUGUCACAGUCAAAUAAAGGCCAAGAAAAUUUUCUCUAGUGGUAUCUCAGAGAUCCAGGCUGCAUCCAUAUUGCAACAGUGGGGAUGCAGAGUAACUGCUCAUAACUGCCUUGGACCCAGAGAAGCACAUCAUUUACGUACACAUUUCCAUUGGUGAGACCGCCUUAAAACUAACACUUGAGCUUUUUUUUUUUUUUUUCUUUCUUUUUUUUUAAGGAAAUAAUUUUAUUUUAAUAAAAUGCUGUUAAGACUUAAAACUUUUAAAGGAGAUCUCAACCCAAAUAGAAUGCUGGGAAAUGUAGAGGAACAUGUUGAGUAUUUGCUGAGUACUAACUAUGUCUCCUAUGAAUGUACGGAAUGAUUUCAUUUCAUGGAAAAUGAGAGCUGAAAAAAGAUUUUAGAGAACAUCUAGUUUGAUCUAUUUCCUUAUAGCAUCAGAGAUUUGAGAGUUUAAAAGACUUGGCCAAAUUUGCACAUCCAACAAGUGGCAAAAGGAGGAGUGAUCAUAAUAACUUAGUAUUUACUAAGGUCUUACUGUGUGCCAGGCACGAUGUUAACACAUCUAUGUGACUUAUUUCCCUGAACCUUUACACUGACCCUCUGAGAUAGACGGUCUUCUUAUCUUCAUUUUAAAGAUGAAAAAUUAAAGCUCAGCGAAGACAGGUAAAACAUCCCAGGUCCUGCAGUUAAUAAAUGGCAGAUGAGAGAUUUCAAACCCAGGCUGCCUAUCAUCAAAAUGCCAACUUGCAGCCUAUCACUUGAUGGCCAUUAUUUUUGUUCUGGUUUCCAAAUCCCUCUUCUGAUUAUAGACUACAUGAUUUGAGGACUAAAUAUAGAAGUCUUCAUCAAAGAAUUAUGCUACAGGAGCUUUAAGACUGAAACUGCUCCCAUAUCUCUAUUUGUCUAGAAGACAGGUUGAAGUUACUUGUGAGAGCAGAGAGAAAGCAAUGCCUAAACAUAGCCAAAUCACCUAGAUUAUCAUGGUGAAACUUGCUCUUGGCUUUGAACAAGGCUUUUCCUAUAAAGCAUAUGAAUAUUUUCUGUCAUGUGAGAAAUAGCCAAUACAUAAGAAAUAUUAACUUACACCUGCAGGGUAAAUAAAUGGAGAAAACAUGUUGCAACAUCUGUUUAAGAAGCAAGUACUAAAUCAGAUAUAAUGGUCUUUCCUUGUCAUUCUUGUUCUACGUAAUAGCAAUACUGGAAUUUUUAGUCAUAAUUGUUCACAUCCACUCAUUUGAUCAGAUAGUAGACAUCAAAGCCUAGAGUUUUUUUUAAGUUAGCUAUUUUAUUAUUGAUACAAAAUUCUUCAUGUCUAGUGAAAAAACCAUGAAUAGAUUUAUAAAAUUAUUUCUCAUUAAGAUUUAAUUAUAAUGUGUUUUGGCUAGUACCUAGAAUAUAGUAAGCCCUUGAUCAAUGGAAUGUCUUGGUGUUCUUCUCAUUGUCAUUAUUACUAUUAAUACUAUUAUUACACAUCUGUGCAUCACUACAGAACUAGUUUUUCCUCACUUUCAACCUUGAUGUUAUUACAAAAUUCUUUAUGACAGUAGGGGAUGAAAAUUUCCAUGAGGAGAGGGGCACUUAUGAUAAAAUUACCCAUCACAUUUAUUUCAUUAAAAUGACUUCUUGCUUGAUUGACUUCACCAUCAUGCCAGGUUGUUUCAGACCCUGCUUGCAACUGGAUGUCACCAAUAGGAAGGCAUGGGCCCACAGCGUUUCUAAAACAUAUGGAUGCAGGCCAGUGAAUCAUGAGAUAAUUAACUGGGUAUCAGUCCAAAAAACUGUUUUGGAGGAAAAAUAAUUUUCUGUGGUCUAGUCUUGAUGAAGUCCCCUGGGGAAGGAGGCCUACUAUCCAGGAAGAACCCAUCUAGCUGCCAUCAGAAGAACUGGUAGCAGUCCCAACUCUUGUUACUAAUCUGUUAUUUCCCUUACUUCUUCAAAAGUGCCUUUUUUCCUUUUUGACUGUUAAGUGGGGUGGUUAUUUUGAGAGUCAUAAGGUAUACAGUUCAAGUUUUAAAAACACCAUAUGCAGGAAUUCCCAUUGUGGCUCAGCAGGUUAAGAACCUGACAUAGUAACCAUGAGAAUGCGGGUUCGAUCCCUGGUCUUGCAAGGUGGGUUAAGGAUCCAGGCUUGCUGUAAGCUGCAGCAUAGAUCACUGAUUUGGGGGGCUAUGGCAUGGGCUAGCAGACGCAGUGCCGAUUUGGCCCCUAGCCUGGGAGCUUCGAUAUGCUGCAGGUGGAGCCCUAAAAAGAAAAAAAAAUUCCCUAUUCAUGUAAAACCCCAGCAUAACAUGAUAAGUAGAUCUAAAAAUGCAAUUGUGUCAAAUAUAAAAUUUUAUUGCAUGAUUAAUGAAAUGCAGGAAGUUCCAGGCCCCAAGUGUGCCAUCCAUACUACCCAGGUCCUGUUAAAAUUGGAGGUUUUAAAUUUUCCCACUUAACUGACCAGUUUGGACCAGGAGAAUAUUCAGAAUUCAAAGAUCUAUUUUACCUUCCCCAAAUGGUUUGAGAUUGUUUACUAUUUCCCCUUUUGGUAUCACCCUUUUCCCCUUCCCACUCAAACUUUAGCUUGCCCUGAUUAAGAAAAGGCUGUUGAGAGGAUGGAAGUCAGUGCCAAUCAUGUUAUAACCAAAUUCACCUUAUGGGGAGAUUUUUCACUAUAUUCCUUUAGAUUUAGAAGGCUUAAGUAAGUUACCCAUGAUCAGUGUGUCAUGGAAUAGGGAAAAAUGUGUUCUCCCGCUUGUUCUUAGGGGAAGCACUGCAUUUACUUGAGGUGGUGAGUUGAUAGGCUGUAAUUCACAGUAUGUGUGACCUGAGAGGAGUUGGCAUUGUUGCUGAAGGAAUGGUAAGUCUUGGAACAGGGUGGAGGGCAGAGAAAACAUGAAAAGGGGAAAGCAAGGAAAGGGAAUAGGGGGAAGGGAACUACCCAGUGCUGUGCUCUGAGCUCCUGGUGAUUCCUGGAUCCUCAGGGUGUGUACAAACCCCACAUAUAGACUUGAAGGCAUUGGUAUUCUUGUGAAAAUCUGGGAAGGGUUGAAUUCAGAACUUAGAUUUCCACUGGGUGGAUAAGGGAACAUAGAUGAACAUAGGCAUUUAGGCCCCUUCUGACAUCUGAGUUAUUUGUGAAAGGUCCCAAUACCACUUAAUAAGAUCAUGUUCAAGUGAUUAAAAAUGUACACUAGAAUCUCUUUGAAAUGGUCUCAAUUUAACAUCAACUUUUGAGUCUGAGUCCAUAUAAUCCAUAGAAAGCUUAAUUUAUGUCUCCUGUUUUUGAUCCAAUUCUAGAAUAUGGUUACAUUUUAAGACUUAGAGCUGAAAACAUCACUUUUCCUUAAAUCCUUUUAGAUUGGAAACCAAGCCAGAAUUCACAACUGGUUCCUUCACUGCACAUCAAAUGAGCAGGGCUCUGUUGAGUAGCAUUUUGAAACUCUUAGAAUUCUUUGCAUGGAAUUGAAACUGCAGAGAAUGCAUUUUAUGGAAAUAAAUCCAUCCUAUGGCCACUGCAUGUAAAUUUUUCACUUUGUUCUUAGGCCAUAAAAGAAAAAUUAUCUUCACUUUUUCAUCUACAUGUAGUUGAUAUAUGGAGAAGAAAAUCUGACUUUAAUAGCAUAUAAAAUAUUUAUUAUCUAGGUUAUUAAAACAUUACCCAAGACUAAAGACUAGGUUUCUGCUCUGCCUAAACACCUCCUGAAAGAUACCACACAUUCUCAUUGGUAACAGUGGCUUCCCCAAGCCAGGAUACUUCUUAAGGAUUGGGGCAAGCAGAAAUGUGUCUAUUUUUAAGAAAUAUGUGAAAAGCAGAUCAGAAUUUCAGGGCUUCAUGUAAAGUUAGGAAGAGCUCCUUCUGUUCAUCUUGCGAAUCUGACUGUUAGGGGUUGAACUGUGUCUGCCCAAAUUCAUCUGUGGAAGUCCUAACCUCUCCAUUACUUUAGAAUAUGACCUUAUUUGGAGAUAGGGUCUUUACAGAGGUAAUCAAGCUAAAAUGGAUCUUUAGUAUGAACUCUAAUUCAGUAUGACUGGCAUCCUUAUAAAAAGCAAAAGUUAGAAGACAGACAGAAAACAUGUAAAUAUACAGGGAGAAAAACAUGUGAGCAUGAAUAGGGCCACUGAAAAGCCAGGGAGAGGUGUCUGGAGCUGAUUUUUCACCUGCAGAUCCCAGAAGGAACCAACUCUGCCAUUAUCUUGAUUUUGAACUCCCUUAUCUCCCCAACCGUGAGAUAAUAAAUUUCUGUUGUUUAAACCGCCUUGUCUGGUACUUAUGGUAAGGCAGCCCUAGCAAACUAGUACACUGACUUUCUAUCAUUGAGAAAAACAAGAUACAAAGCUAAUCAUGUGUCCUUUUUUUUUCUAUUUAUUGAUUUUUAUUUUUGUUAUAGUAUAGUUGAUUUACAGUGUUUCUUCAAGUUCUGUUGUACAGCAAAGUGACCAAAUCCCACACUUUUCCCUGUGCAGUACAGUAGGACUCCAUUGCCCAUCCAUUCCAGAUAUAACAGUUUGCAUCCAAAAAACCCCUAAAAUGUCCAUCCAUCCCACUCCCUCCCCCUUUUCCCCUGGGAACCCCAAGUCUGCUCUCCUUGACCAGUAUCUGUUUCUGUUUUUCUAGAUAGGAUCAUCUGUUCCAUAUAUUAGAUUCCACAAAUAAGUUACAUCAUACGGUAUUUGUUUUUUCUUUCUGGCUUACUUCGCUUAGUAUGAGACUCUCUGGUUCCAUCCAUGUUGCUACAAAUGGUGUUAGUUUGUCUUUUAUGGCUGAGUAGUAUUCCAUUGUAUAUAUGUACCACAUCCUCUAAUUCAUUCAUCUGUCGAUGAACAAUUAGGUAGUUUCUGUGUCUUGGCUAUUGUGAAUAGUGCUGCUGUGAACAUAGGGGUACAUGUAUCUUUUUCAAUGAAAGUUUUGUCUGAAAAAUAAAAAUCAGUAUAUUAAAAAAAGAAAGUUCAGGGAGUUCCCGUUGUGGCACAGUGGUUAACGAAUCCGACUAGGAACUAUGAGGUUGCGGGUUUGGUCCCUGCCCUUGCUCAGUGGGUUAACGAUCCGGUGUUGCCGUGAGCUGUGGUAUAGGUCACAGACGUGGCUCGGAUCCUACGUUGCUGUGGCUCUGGUGUAGGCCAGUGGCCACAGCUCCGAUUAGACCCCUAGCCUGGGAACCUCCAUAUGACCCGGGAGUGGCCCUAGAAAAG